CUUCUCCGAACCAUGCCGGCUGUUCCAAAAUGACCCGUGCGGUAAAGUUGUUACCUGCUCGUCGGGUACAGUACACCGCCUUAUCAUUUAGUUUCUAACUUCUCUAAUGCGUCAAUAGAUGUCAUUAGAAGUAUUUGACAUUGAGCUGAAGUCAGUACAGCUGAGGACAGCUGAUUAUAGCGUCAUUUGAUGUCAACAAAACGUGAAUUUUGCGUAGAAGUUCGUUGAAAAUACAAUUUGAUUUUGCAGUGUUGAUUUUUUUUUCUUUCUGACCUUUAGCUUAGACAUUAGUGACUAUUACAAUGAGUGAUAAAAAAGUAUACACUGAUAAAAAAGGCACAAGAGCAUCGUUUAUUUCGCGCCGACGGAGUAAUGUGAGGAAACGACGACCGUUGAACAAAUAUGAACAUGAAGGAGAUACGGAAGGUGUCAGUGCUUCUGCGAAGAAAUUAAAACAGACUGAUGUUGAUGUUGAAGUGCAAAAUGAAUUUAGUUACAGAAUUAUAAACUUUUGUGCUGUUUUUUCUGCCAUUUCGGAUUACGUGAAGUGCAAAACGUGUAACUCUGAUGUGAAAUUUCUCGAAUCAAGUGCGCGGGGCUUAGGCUUCAAACUAAUUAUUUCUUGUCCGAACUGUCCAAAAAUUGAAAUCCCAAGUAGUUCAUUUAUACGAAAUGGAUAUGAAAUCAACCGUAGGAUUAUUCUAGCAAUGCGAAUGUUAGGAGUGGGGCUAGCUGGAACGAUGAAGUUUUGUGCAUUUAUGGAGUUGCCGCGCCCGAUAUUUCAAUCUUUUUAUAAUCGUAUAGUGGAUAUAAUUUUUAUCGCAACGGAAACUGUGAGAGAGUUCAGUAUGAAGAGGGCAGCAGAAGAUGAGAAGAAGCAAACAGAAGAAAAUCGACUAAAUACAGGGAUAUCUGUAUCCGGAGAUGGUUCCUGGAGAAAACGUGGUUUUUCGUCGCUUUUUGGAGUUACGUCUUUGAUUGGGUGGUUUACAGGUAAAAUUCUGGAUAUAGAAGUGAAGUCGAAAUACUGCAAAGCCUGCGAGCACUGGAAGAAUAAAUUAGACACUGCUGAAUAUGGAGAAUGGUUCGAAACUCAUGCUGAUCAAUGUCAAGCAAAUCACGAAGGUUCAUCAGGUAAAAUGGAGGUAGACGCUGUCGUCGAAAUGUUCCAACGAUCUGAAGCCUUACACGGCCUUCAAUACGCGAACUACAUUGGUGAUGGUGACAGCAAAACCUUCAAGGGCAUAUUGGAUGUACAACCAUACGAAAAUUUGCUAGUGACAAAGAGAGAAUGUAUUGAUCACGUUCAAAAAAGAAUGGGCACUCGAUUGAGAAAAUUAAAGAAAACUGUCAAGGGACUUGGAGGAAAAGGUAAAGGUAAAUUAACUGACAAAGUAAUUGAUCAAUUGACAAUUUAUUACGGCUUGGCAAUUCGAAGGAAUCCGAACUCCUUAGAAAAAAUGAGAAAUGAUAUAUGGGCGACUUUAUAUCAUAAAAUAUCAACAGACGAAAAUCCGCAGCACGAGAAGUGCUCAGAGUCUUGGUGUGAAUGGAAGAAGGCAGAAGCAGCUGGUUCUUUAGACUCCUUUCAACACAAGCCACCACUAACAGACUUUGUUUUUCAAUCUAUCAAGCCGAUAUAUGAGGAUUUGAGUCGUGACGACUUACUAAAUCGUUGUUUAGGAGGAUUCACGCAAAACUGUAACGAAAGUUUCAAUGCGACAGUCUGGCAAUUGGCUCCAAAAGCAUAUUCAAGUGGAAAGAAAGUUUUGCAAAUAGCGAGUAACAUUGCUGUUUGCAAUUUUAAUGAUGGAUUAAGCAGCGUUCUAAAAAUUAUGGAAGUGAUGGGUAUGAGCAUCGGACCUCAGUCCUACAACUUUUGCUUAGAAGCUGAUGCUGCUCGAAUUCAACGUGCCGAGCAGUCUCUGACCGACGCAGCGAAAAAGGCUCGCUCCGCCAUAAAAUCGUCCAGAAAAGAAAACGAGGACAUGUACGAAAGUCUGGAAGGGCAACUUUACGGUCCUGGCAUUGCAGACUAAAGAUUCAUUUUUCAACCCUGUGUACUGCUUGCAGUGGAGCCCUUAAAAAAAAAACAGUCUAAGAAGAGUUGCUCUUACGCCGCCAUUUUGUAACUUUUUUUAAUAAAAAAAAUUUUUUUGUAAACUUCAAAAGAUGCCUAAUAAUAUCCUUGAAAAGAAUUAUCCUCCUACUUUUCCUUCUACAAAAAAAAAAUCGCAAAGAAAACGCUUUUUUUCGCCGUCUACAGU